AUGGACGUGGGGCUCUUAGGGGACGGCCGUCCUGUGGCGGAGCCCGCGGGUGGAUCAGUGGCGACCUGGCUGGGCCGUGUGACGGGCUUUGUCCUCUUCAUCUUGGUGACCUGUGUGGUGGUCCUGGAGCCCAACCAAUAUGGCAUCCGAAAGAACCUCCUGACGGGCUACAUCUCGGACCGGGCCGAGCGCGGCGGCAUCCACUUUGUCGGUCCCUUGAAGACGUUCUUCACGGUGCCUGCGGCGCAGGGAACGUUGCAGUGGUCCUGGAGUGAUGGUGACCGGGCACCGGUGCACACCCGGACGGGGGCGGAUCCACAGGAUCCAGACAGCGGUGGGCAGCCCAUCUCCAUCUCCUGUGCUGUUCAGGUGAAGUUUGUACCGGAGCUCAUUCAACAAGUCUACCUCUCCUUUGGAAGUUUCCAGGCUGCCAGGGAAAGAUAUCUGCUGCUGGCGGGAAAUGUCGUGAGCAACACGGCGCAAGAGUACACUCCCACAGACUUCUGGACCAAAAGAAGAACAAUCUCGGAUCGAAUGCUCUUCAAGAUCAACCAUACCCUAUGGCACCAGGGCUAUGUCGAAGCCAUGCAGUUCGAGAUCAUGAAGGUGGACUUUGCCAAGCAGUUCGAGGACUCCAUCACUGCAGUGCAAGUGGCCGAGCAGGCUAAGGUGGUGAAUGAGUACGAACAGCAGGUUCAGCGGGUGGUACAGCAUAUCUCCGUGCUGCAGUCCGAGAACCAGGCGACCAUCGCCAACAUCUCGGCUGGAGCCGAGGCCAAAUCCAAGGAGAUCAAGGCGGCGGCCCGGAGAGAUGCCUUUAAUCUGAAGCAAUCCAUGAAGGCGCAGAAGUAUGCUGAGCUGCGCUCGGCAUUGGACUUGAACUCGGCUCAGAUGAGUGAGUACUUCAAGGUCAAGUCCAUCCAGGGCCAGAGCAGUCAGGGGAAGGUGGUGGUGGGCCUGCCCAAUGUUGGCAGGCCGCUGAAGCAUGGUGAGCUAUGAUUAGAGUAGGUAGGUGGUGCAGAUGAGAACGCAUCGAUUUUAAGCUGC